CGAGUGCCGAACUGCCGACUGCCGACCGACCACCGACGUCCGACACGCAUUUAAUCAUUUUAUUUUUAUACUUCACGUCUUCACAGUUCGUAUUUCAGCAUUUGCGCAGUGCUCACGGUUAGAUUCAAAUGCCUAUGAAUUAUGAGCUUAUGACUUGUGAUGUUGAAAAAAAAUUUAUAAUGAUUAAUGAAUAAUAUUAUACUAAAUAGUAAAUACUAAGUACUGUGAUAGUAUGAUAGUAUGAUACAAUACAAUGAUAGUAUAAUAUACAAGUAUACCUACAAGGCUACAACUAUAAUCAGUAAGUACAUAGUUAUAACAUUCACUCAACGUCGGUAUGAUGUAGUUUUUAAACCAAGUCUUGUAUGAAAAUGUCUGCCAAUGAAGAUAAUUUUUUGGAUGUCCGACGACAUUAUGCAUUUCGGCCAUCUAAUUUGAUUGAUUUGGAAGAACUUGACCGUAUGGAAAGACCUAGUCGAGUUUUCAGUAGCCGUCAUCAUAUAUCAAUAGCUCCGGUGUUAACAGGUACAAAUAAUAUGGAACAAAAUGAGCAAUAUCGUAGAUCAAGAGAUUAUGCUAGCUUUUUUGAACAUUUAAAUGGUUCUACACGAAUUGGAGGGAGCACAGUAAAUGGAGAUGCUGCAAGAAAUCGACCACCUUUGGUUAGAUUUACCAUUACUGAUCCCGACACUCGGCAAAUAACAGCAGCUGGACAAAUUCCAUUGAAUAAUACAUCACCUAAUUCUCCAACAAGCACUCUACCUAUUACUGAUAUACCUGAAAUAUCAAUUGAUGUUGAAAGUAGUGAUGAUGAACCUUCAAACCUCAAUGUUCGGAGAACUAAUAUUGAACAAAGAAAUUCAGUGGACCACCAUAAUAGUACAAUAGCACCUACACAACAAUUGAGAACCCCUAGAUCUGCAAGAUGGUCAAGGAGAUUUAUAGAAGUAAAUCCUUAUCGUGUAAGGAGCAAUGCAGAAAAUAAUCACUUUGAUAGUAGUAGUAGCAGAGCAGUCUAUAGGAGUAUUCGUUUGUCAUCAAUAAACCGAGGCCAUAAUGAUCAUCCUUCUGUUAGGUCACAAACUCCAGAACAAGAGCUGCCUCGAUUACAAGAAUAUGUAUUGGAACCUGAAAACCCAUUUGAUGAAGACUAUCAUGGCCAUGAUAGUAUCUCAAGCAUUUCAUCUCAAAAUGAUGCUGAUUCUGGUGAUGAUAGAGGAUCUUCACAUUUUUCAAUUUCGGAAAACCAUAAUUCAAAUGCAGAUGAAGAAAAUAGAGAUGGUACUUUAGAUGUAUCUAAUGAAACUCCAAGAACAAGAGCUGUACCAUUUAUUAUGUCACCAACAUCAUUUAGUCCAUCACCUGAGUCUCCUCCAGAUACUCCAGAAAUACCAGCUACAAGAGUGAAUGACAAUUUACCGGGUGUGCCUAGAGCAAUACCAUUAAAUGUUCAUGAUACUAUCCUCUCUAAUCAAACAAUUGAAGAAACUGUACCAGUGCGUAAUGAAGAACAUCCAGAAACAUAUGAAGGCCUUAACGAUCAGUUAAUGCGUUUAUUUGAGUGUCCUGUAUGUUUUGAACAUAUUAUUCCUCCUAUUUUUCAAUGCCUACUUGGACAUUUAAUUUGUAACAAAUGUGUACUUAUGUGCGAAAAUUGUCCAACAUGUAGAAAUCCUUUCAAUUCAAAACGAAAUCUAUAUAUGGAAAAAGUUGGUUAUUUGGUAAAGUUUCCCUGUAAAAAUGCUCUAACUGGAUGCAAACAGCACAUGUUUGUUGCUCAAAAAGAAGUCCACGAACAAGAAUGUUGUUAUAGACAUUACCAAUGUUUUUUCACUAAUUGUGCUUGGAAAGGAUACUAUCCUGAAUUGCACUCUCAUAUGAUUAAUAAUCACAGUAACUUAAUUCUAACAGGAUCAGAACAGUCUAUUGAUAUUAUGUUGCCCAAUAAUAAUCAAACAUACAAGUGGUUUUUAAUAUCUCACGGUGAAUAUUUUGCAGUAAUCGCUCAUUCAACUAUACCACCUAGACGAGUAAAAAUCCAAGUAAAUUUUAUUGGACCAGCAGUUAAAGCAAAACAAUUUAAAUUUUCUGUACUCUUAAUUCAACAUAAAGAACACAAUGAUAUGUCACAAAAGAUAACGUAUGAGAGAUCAACUCUUCCAUAUUCAGAAAUCUAUGAGAUGUCCAACAACAAUGGUCUAAAAAAAGAUAUAUUUUCUUUACCUGGCGAAAUAAUAGAGCCUUUUAUUAAAAAAAGACGUCGUCGUCUACCAAUUAUUUUAAAAGUUGGCCCAGCAUCUAGUUUAUAAAUAUUAUUGAAAAAAAGUUUUGUAAUUUUUUUUUUUAGAUCUUCUAAAUAUUUAAUAUGUAAUUAAAUAUAAGUGUUUUAAUGUAUAUUUAUGUAUAAUAUGACAUUGUAUGGUAGUAAUUUUAUUCUUGUAUAAAGUAUUAUAAUAUAUAUUGUAUUAUAGUAAAAUAAAAAAGGUAUAAAACUGUAAAAACUAAACAUGGAUUAUAUGUAAAAUAUAUUCUCAUAAUUAAUGUA